CGCACGGACCGAAGGGAAGCCAAUCGUAUAAUAUAUUUUUGUAACAAGGCCAGAUGAGAUUAUUCACACUCUGCCCUCGACGCUGCCGACUGACAGACAGGCAGAGAGAGAGAAUGGCGAGGAGGCGAGUGCUAUUGCUGUUAAAGCCCUUCGAAGCGUUCCCCACCAAGAAACUCAACGGCCUCUCUCGCAUCACAAACCCUAAGACAUCACAGCUGGUAAGUUAUUUGGACAACAGGCGCAAGGUUCACAAGGAAGCCAUAAGCUUUUGUCAGGAUAUUUUGCUUCAAAAGCAUGUCGAUUGGGAACCUGUUUUACGAAGCAAUCUGUCACAGCCAAUCCGUGAUGUGGAUCUGGUCAUUACUGUGGGUGGUGAUGGCACACUUUUGCAAGCAAGCCAUUUCAUGGAUGAUUUGAUUCCAGUUCUUGGAGUGAAUUCAGACCCAACUCAAGCUGAAGAGGUGGAAGAAUUCAGUGGAGAGUUCGAUGCUACAAGAAGCACUGGCUAUCUUUGUGCCGCAACUGUCGGAAAUUUUGAACAAAUGCUCGACAACAUCCUUGAAGGUCAAACGGGUCCUUGUAAAUUGUCGAGGAUGUCAAUUUGUGUGAACUCAAAGCUUCUGUCAACAUAUGCUCUUAAUGAUGUUUUAAUUGCACACCCAUGUCCCGCAACAGUUUCUCGGUUCUCAUUCAGAAUUACAAAGGAUGGCCAGCCAUGUUCCCCUUUAGUGAACUGUCGAUCGAGUGGUCUCAGAGUCUCAACAGCUGCUGGAUCAACAGCUGCGAUGCUAUCAGCCGGUGGAUUUGCAAUGCCAAUUUUGUCUAAGGAUCUCCAAUACAUGGUAAGGGAGCCCAUUUCACCUGGAGCAACCAAUGCUGCACUGAUGCAUGGAGUUGUAAAAUCAGACAAAUCCAUGGACAAUGUAUGGUUUUGUAAAAAGGGGCUGGUAUACAUUGAUGGUUGUCAUAUUGUGUAUUCUAUCAAACAUGGGGAUACCAUUGAACUAUCUUCUGGUGCCCCAGUUUUGAAAGUUUUCUUGCCUAACCACUUGUCAUCGUAGAUACACAUGUGAAAUAGUCGCCACAUAGAUCCAGCCAAAAUAAAUGGAAUUGAUGUAAAUUUGAGAGAUUGGUAAAUUGUGAAUGUGAAAAGAGAUCUUGCGAAUAUUAAAUCGCAUCUAUGCAGAAUUUUUUUA